AUGGAUCAACGGGGAAAGAAGCGGGAGUCUGAACACGAUCUUCGUGUUAAAGUCGAAUCUUCUAAUCCUAUCGACCUCGCCAGUAGCCCCUCUACUCACUCUGCUGGCCCACAAGAACAGCCUUCCAGUAACGGAUUUGUUGACGUUAAACCUGAAGAACAUACUUUUGAUGAGGUCGAGCCACGCAGUGCACAGCCUUGCAGUGACAAUGACAUCGGCAUCGACAACUGGACAGCUGAAGAACUGUUCAAGAGGCACGAGACUAGCCAACAGGCUUUUAUGGAAGACUAUCGCAACGCUGCUUCCCAAGAGAGGUCCCAACUAGCCCAGACACUACACAGAGAAGUACAGACCGGCAUUGAUCACAUCGUCGGUUACAUCAGUGGUUUCGUGGCGCGAUCUACCCAGCCCUCGACUUCAGUGGAUAUCGAAACCCUCAAGACCAAGUUUGAAAAGGAGAGGGAGCACGCCAAAGACCUCCAGAACAAUUACAACAUGGCAAUUGACACUAUCAAACGGCAUAGGAGGGAGAUCCAGAAAGCAAAUACAAAGCUACAGGAUACUCUUCAGGAGAGAGACCAACUGCGACAACUCGUAGAUGGCGGUAGCCUGGCGAACUCUAGCAAGGCAACUGAUGAUACUAUCAAGGGCAAAUGGACGGAGAUUGACUAUAACAUCCGCUGCAUGGUUCAUGUACUGAACAAUGCUCCGUCGGCAGAGUCGCUCGAUGAUGAAGUCACACAGCGGCUACGAUUUAUUUCUGGAGAGUAUCACAGUAUGCUACAAGAUCCUGACCUUCGCGAAUUUCUCAUGAGGGGCUAUGUUUGGGCUUUUAUUCAAGACAAUGUGUUUGAUUCAGGAGAGUGUACCUGGGGUGGGCCUGAUUUGAAGUCAUACAAAUCUACCCGAGAUAGCCUCAUAGGACGCAUGGGGGCGGUUGAAAAGCAUUCGAACGACAAGUCAUCUAUUGCUUAUAUCGCGAAAUGGUUAGCUCAAGGCGCGGCAAUGAUGAACCAGUUGUGGGAGAAGGACAGCACUGCCAUCAAGCGCAUGGUGCAUGAUGAGGCCAAACGCCUGCGGCCUUUUGCAUCAAACCACCGAUUCAGACUUGACAGGGUUGACAAGAAGAUUUCGGAUCAGCUCAGCGAUAUCAUUGGCUCUGCAAUUGAGCUUGAUCAGAUGAUGAUGCGUUCCAAAGCAGUUUUCAUGAUUCACUGGCGGGAUCGAUCGCAGGAAAUGGGGCCUCUAGAGCGAUGGAACCCAGAAGUCAUGGAAGCUGAAGCUUAUGAGCAAGACUUAUCCGAGAAAAGCCGCGUCAAACUUCGUCUGUCGCCUACUUUGUAUAAGGUUGGCACCGCCGAUGGUCAAAACUAUGACUCUCGAAUGGUUCUGGCUAAGAGUGCUGUGGUCUGCGAUUAG